AUGCAGCAAUUCUGGACUUUCGAUUUCCAUCAGACGAGCUGGGAAUAUGAGAACAUCUCGGUCAUGCGUGAUGUCGCUCAAGGGUACAAGGAUGCCAACAGUCCACUUGAUACUGUCAUGCGCACUCUUGCGUGGGAAUUUCCCGAAGACGAGACAUUGAAGGGCACAUAUGCACAGUUCAUGCUCGGGCCUUCGAUCGUGGUCACUCCAGUCUUGGUCCCGAACGUCGACACGGUCUCCGAUGUCUUCCCUGGCAUCGGCGAAGGCACGAGGUGGUACGACCGGUACACUUUGCAGGAGGUCGUUGACGCCACACCACAGGGGAACGUCACUAUGGCCGCACCAUUGGAGCACAUUGAUGUCCACGUUGGCUGA